GUACCCUCUCCAUCUCUUCAGCCCGUCAUCAUGAGAGCCAUAUGUAGUGUUGCUCUCCUUCUGGGCUGUUUUAUUUGGGCCAUCAAUGCUCAGGCUCAGAGCAGCCAAAGCAACAGUAACCAAGGCAACACUAACCAGGGGAACAGCAUCAACCACAUCGAUAGCACCCACAACAGCCGACAGCAGAACCAGCCUCAGCCAAAAGGAAGCAUCUGGGAUGAGCCCAUUCGUUUCAACACCAAAGCAAAGGAUGCAUGCAGCAUGGUAAUAUCCGGUCACAGCAACUUCACUAAGCUGCGUAUCUCCUGCAAGAGCAAGGGCAAGUCUUACUGGUGCGAUUUCCUGGGCAAACCUAAUUUGUGUAGAGCGUACAACAACAACCCACGGCACUACUUCACUCAAAUAAUGUGGGACUUGAGAAAGCUGAAUAACGCCUGCCAGGGACCACGGGUCUACAAGCCACAGAUGUGCCGCUCUGCAUCAGAUGAGGUCCAAAUGGCUUUCCAAGUUUCCUGGCCCAAAAUCUCCAUACCGAAACCUACCCAGGCUCCUCAUGACCGCAACCAGAGCCAGCAAAAGCAACAGCAGCAGACCACCAAGUCCACUACCACCACCACAACAACCACCACCAAAUCUCUCACCCAAAAGCAGCAGCCUAAACCCCAACAACCAGCCAAACCAGCAAAACCAGCCUCCAGAUCACUCAAGCCCUCAAUUUCUAAGCCUGUUUCUCCACGUAAGCCUGCCAAGACCAACACAGUAAGACCUACAGUGGCAGAAGAGAGCCAUGCCACCAAGCUGGCACAGGAAUACUGCUGGAAGAGUUUCCAGGGCAUCUGCACGUACUUCAUUGGCUGGUUCCAGAAUUAAUCACCACCUCUGGUUUACAGAGAUCAGUGUCUCUGACCACCAGCCAAGCCUUUCUUCAAGUGAGUGGAGCUGUUUGUGAGCGUGUAUGUGUGUGCGUAUGUGUGUGAUAAUAUGGUCAUGACUGUAUGGGUGUAUGUUUCUGUGUGUAUCUAUGUAUGUGCCAAUGGAAAAGAGGAAGAUUUUGUGUAUUGAAGCAACUUUUUUUUUUUUUUUUUUUUUGUGGUGAAAACGGAAAAAAGGAACUUGUGAGAUUUCUGUUAAUAAACCAUCUUUCGU